AUGCUAGGAAAACAAGCUUGGCGAUUUUUAACCAGACCUCAGUCACUGGUAACAAGAGUAUACAAAGCUAGAUAUUUCCCCAAAACAUCUUUUGUUGAUGCUACACUGGGUGGUAAUCCAAGUUUCUGUUGGAGGAUCAUCAUGGCUGCCCAUGAGCUUAUUUGCAGUGGUGUAAGGAGAAGGAUUGGUGAUGGGAAAUCUACUCUAAUAUGGGGUCACCCUUGGUUACCUAAUGACCCAUCACCAAUGGUUCAGACUCCCAUGCCAGUUGCACUCAAUGGCUCUCUGGUUUCUGGGCUGAUUGAUCCUAAUUCUGGUUCAUGGGAUCUUUCAAUCCUGCAGGAUGUUUUUAGUGCACCCGAUAUUGAGCGUAUUAUGUCAGUACCAGUUAGCCCACAUCACAAGGAUUCUUGGUUUUGGUUGGGAGACCCAAAAGGGUGUUAUUCGGUAAAAGAAGGUUAUCGACGUGUUAUGGGGGAUUAUGAAUUUAGCCCUGGAGCUUAUGAUAAAUGGCUACAUUUGUGGAAGAUUAAAUGCCCUGCUAAAUGGAAGAUUUUUGUAUGGAGAAGCUUUAUCUAA